CGGAUGCGGGGGAAGUAUGCAGAGCACAGGUGACCAUGCAGAGCUCAUCAGCACAGGUAACCAUGCAGUCCGAGAAUCGGAAAAGAGCACCAGCAUGGACCGUAUGGGAGGUACUGGAUCUGAUUGCUAUAUGGGGAGAGGAUUCAGUGCUAGCAGAACUACAUUCCAAAAGACGAAAUGCCAAAACAUUUGAAAAAAUCUCCAAGGGCAUGCUGGAGAGAGGCAACAAUAGGGAAUCACUACAGUGCUGCGUGAAAGUUAAGGAGCUCAGAAAAGCCUAUCAAAAAACCAAGGAGGCAAACGGUCGCUCCGGGUCAGAGCCGCAGACAUGCCGCUUCUACGCCGAGCUGCAUGCAAUUCUAGGGGGGGCCGCCACCACUACCCCACCUCUGACCGUGGAUUCCGAGGCGGGGGUAAUCUCAGCCAUGCCUGAGGAUUCUGCGGACGGGGAAGAUGAGGAGGAGGAGGAUGACGACGAGCUUGCAGAGAGCACACAGCACUCUGUUCUCCCCAACAGGCGGGAUCUUUUUCUCAGCCUGACUGAAGUACCCUCCCAAGGCAUUAUCCCAGACCAUGAAGCCAUGGAAGAGACCUCUGCUGCAAAUUUUUCAAGCCUCGCUCCUCGGUCCCGAAGGCUAUCUCAGAUAAGGCGUAAAAAAAAGAGGACGCGAGAUGAAAUGUUCUCGGAAAUCAUGGAAUCCACCCGCAGUGAAAGAGCUCAUCUGAAUGAGUGGAAGGACACGGUAUCGAAGUACAGGAAAGAUGCCAGUGAACGUGAGGACAGGAGGGAUGCUUGAGAUGAGAGGUGGCAGGCUGCAACGCUGGGGCUGCUGUGUGAUCAAAUGGACAUGCUCCGGCGUCUGGUGGAGCUUCAGGAACGGCAGCAGGAGCACAGAGUGCUGCUGCAGCCGCUGUAUAACCUCCCUCCCCCCUCACCCUGCUCCAUUACCUCCUCACCCAGACGUGUAAGAAUGUGGGGGGGAGGCUCCAUGCACCCUCCCAAUCCACCCCAGUGGACAGCCCAACCAAAAGGCUGUCAUUACUUUGAACAUUUUUAGUGGCCUUUUCCUUCCCUCCUAUCCUCCUCCCAAACCCCACCCGGGCUACCUUCUCAAUUCUCUCCCUCUUUUUAUAAUCAA